GGCGACGUUUUGUAGAGCACUUAUCUGCCAGCCAACAAAAACCACAUUCCUGUUUGUCUUCAGACAGCUUGCACACGGAAGCUGAGCGAAUAUACAUCUAAUCUCAACAUUUUGACGUCACCAUGGGAGCAUGUAUGGCACUAUGUUCGUUAGCCAGCUGCGCUUCGUGUCUGUGUGGCUCUGCACCAUGUCUGCUGUGUGGCUGUUGUCCCUCCUCCAACAACUCCACUGUCACGCGCCUAGUUUUCAGCUUCUUUUUGCUACUCGGGACCUUUGUGUCAGCCAUCAUGAUCUUUCCCGGAAUGGAAACUCAACUGCGCAAAAUCCCGGGAUUUUGCCAGGGUGGAAGCACUAUACCUGGCUUUGAAAACCAGUUUGACUGCGACGUCAUCGUGGGCUACAAAUCUGUAUAUCGUAUUUGCUUUGCAAUGACCUGCUUCUUCUUUCUCUUCUUCAUCAUCAUGAUUCGUGUCAGGAGCAGCAAAGACCCGCGUGCGUCUUUGCAAAACGGUUUCUGGUUCUUUAAAUUUCUCAUCCUAGUUGGGAUUAUGGUGGGAGCCUUUUUCAUCACUGAUCCGGUAUUCCAUACCGUGUGGUACUAUUUUGGACUACUGGGCUCGCUUUUAUUCAUUAUCAUUCAACUCAUACUCCUCAUUGACUUUGCGCACUCCUGGAACAAAGCGUGGGUAGGAAAUGCUGAAAAUAACGACAACAAGUGCUGGUAUGCAGGCCUGCUGUCUUUCACCUUCUUGUUCUACGCCCUGGCUUUUACCGCCAUCGUGUUGUUUUAUCAUUAUUACACACGAUCAGAUGACUGCACAGAGCACAAGGUCAUCAUCAGCCUCAAUCUUAUCUUCUGUGUCAUCGUCUCCAUCGUGUCCAUCCUCCCCAAAGUUCAGGAAGCCCAGCCUUACUCUGGCCUGCUGCAAGCUUCUCUCAUCUCUCUCUACACCAUGUACGUGACUUGGUCCGCACUAACCAACAAUCCAAAUCGCAAGUGUAACCCCAGCCUACUGAGUCUAGUGUCGAAUGUCAGCAGCCCCUCACCCUCCAGCGAGCCCCCACCAGGCCAGUUGCAAUGGUGGGAUGCUCAGAGCGUCGUUGGCUUGCUCAUCUUUUUCUUAUGCACCAUCUACGCUAGCAUGCGUUCAUCCACCAACACUCAGGUCAACAAGUUGCUGCAAACGGAGGAGGGCGGCGGCGAGGCUGGAGAAAACUUAGGCCAGGACGGCGUGCGCAGGGCCGUGGAUAACGAGGAGGACGGCGUGACUUAUAACUACUCGGCCUUCCACUUUCAUCUGGCUCUGGCGUCGCUGUACAUCAUGAUGACCCUCACCAACUGGUACCUACCCGACACCACCACGCAAGCCAUGCGGAGCAGCAUGCCGGCCGUGUGGGUGAAGGUGUGCUCCAGCUGGCUGGGUCUCAGCCUGUAUCUGUGGACCCUCGUAGCCCCUCUCAUCUUCACCGACCGAGAUUUCAACUGAGCGGCAGGUCUUUUCAUUUUGGUUUGGCUUGCUUUAGCGAUUUAAAGGACUAUAAAUGAGGUGCAAAUGAUACAGGAAAUGCAUGAAGAUGUUUUUUUUUGCCUUUGACUCGGUAUGAUCAUCAACCGCAGACGCUAAUGGGUCAGGUUAAUAAGAGCUUGAGCUACAGGACUUGAUUCUAUUUUCCAAUGACUCACCUUGGUAGGCUUCGACCUGUCACCUGAUAUGGCGUGACUGUGAACUUUUAUCUUUCUGCUGAACUUUACUUACCAGACUAUCACACAAGCUCAGAGACUCGAUACUUUCGCAAUCGCGCAAAUGUUUCUUACUGAAGACCAGAAACACCAGACUUCCUGUUAACAAUGUCUGGAACCCCGCCCCCACCCCCCCCCCUUUUUGAUUAUUUUGACGACUAUUUCAGUGCUGAGGGCAACAUGGGGAAACCUCCUUUCGAGGCCCCCCCCCUGAGGGAGAGGUGUGCAAAAAUGAGAUAAGAAUAAAACGGCACACCCCGCAGAUGGUGACGAGGGUUCCCUUUUGCUACGCAGUCAGAGAAGUAACAAGGCUGCCGUUUCAUUUCACAUCUAAUCCGGUCAAGGUCAUACGGUAUAUCCCGAAUGCAACACCAUCUCCACGUCUGACUGUGGCCUUGUUCAACCAUCUGUACCUGCAUAGCAGCACAUAUUGAUUUUUGGCAGCGCGCCAGACUCACAUGAUGCGCACACGGGGCUCCCCGUGCUCAUGCAUAUGUCAUCAUUUCCAAACAAUUCAGCUGCAAGGUGCGGAACAAUCAAACCAGUUUGAAAACCCGUCUUUGCCGCGAUGUGUGUUCCUGGUGGUUUUUAAAGUCAUUACUUUUAUUAAAUUGUGCUUUUCUACAUUUCGCUGUGGAUGAGGGAGGUGUGUUUUCUCCCCAAAUGUUGAGGUCUUGUUUGCGGUAUUUUGUUUUAGAAAAGGCAUUUUCCAAGUGUGGUCAAGUUUUGCCACCAUCACUUAAGUGCAUUAUCAAAGCCAUAAGGAAAUUUCUCAACAUUGCCUUCUCAUUUUAUUAAAAAUUGUAAAAUGCUGACGCGUGCUUAUUUUACUGUACUGUUAACACAAUAUCGUGUAUGUUGAUUUUCUUAUUACAAAUUAAACACUUGGACUCGC